AUGACUUCUGUCAAAGAGCAGGAAGCUGUCAGGAAGCUCACCAUUUUCUUGCAGGAAUGGGAUAGUGCCCACAAAGUUGCUCGAAGCCACAUCUUGGACAACUUCAUUAAAAGCAAUGACGGCAAGACAGAACCAGAGCUGGAGCUGGAGUUCUCCCAGGGAGCCAGCUUGUUUCUGGCUCGCCUAACAGCAUGGCUCAGGAUGACCUACAUGUACAGCACAUGCCUCAACAAGCUGCUCAAGUCCAUUGGCAUCUUCUUAUCUGCUGCAAGUGGACGCAGAUACCUUAUUGAAUUUCUGGAGAUCGGAGGUGUCUUGAUUCUCCUGGAAAUACUAGGGCUGCGCCACCUGAAAGAAGAGGACAAAAGGCAGUCUGUAAAGCUGCUGCAGCUCGUCGCCAACGCUGGCAGGAAGUAUAAGGAGCUCAUUUGUGAAAGCUAUGGAGUGCGAUCCCUCGCCGAGUUCUUGGCCACUUCCAGCUCCGCAGAGGCUCAAGAAGACGUGCAGGUUCUGAUGGGCUCUUUGGGCAGUGGCAAUCCCAAGUACCAGAACCAAGUCUACAAAGGCCUCAUCGCUGUGCUGCCCUGCGCCUCCCCCCGAGCACAGCAGCUGGCUCUGCAGGCACUGCGGGUCAUGCAGGACACAGUGGGAGAGGCGCCCUCCGUCCUGGUGGAGCCUGUGCUGGGUGCGCUGUGCUCGCCACACCUGGAGGUCCAGUAUGAAGCCACCCAGCUGCUGAAGGCCCUCAUGGCCCGGGAGGUCCGGCCAGCGCUGCUGAAGGGCUUGGUUGCGUUACUGACGCCGCCCAGGAAGAAAGCAUUCACCUUCUGCGACGAGACCGCCAAAGACCCAACUGCACUUUGCCUGAGGGAGCCCAUGCUGGUGUACAGUCAGCAGGCAGCUGCCGCAAAAGUCAUUGGCGUAUUAGCCAAGGAGUCAGCAGAAGUGGCUGAAGAGCUGAUCCAGCUGAAAGCAGUACAUGGCCUGAUGGUUGCUGUGGGAAACCUGGAUCACGUGGCCAGCCAGAGGCAUGCCAGCAGCUCCCUGGAAUAUUUUGUCCACACGUUUCCCUUUGUGGAGGAGUACGUAAAGAAGGCACUAGGACACGCACUGUUCCAGCACUUUAUGGACAGUCCCGAGACCUGGUACACAAAAAUGGAUCCAGUCCAUGCUGAAGAACUCGCCUCCAAAAUAGCAGACAUCGCCAGAGAUACAAGACAAACCCUGGAGUGA